UGUAACAAACGCACAAACACGCACAUGUGUCUUUUAUCACAUUCGAUGCGUGUGCAUCAUGAAUUCGCGUGAAUCGCGUCCCUCUGAAGAGAAGUCCCAGCCGCAACUGAUAGUGACACAUAGUACUAAAGUGUUUUACUCACACAAACACGCGUGUCUUUUAUCAUAAACCCUUUCAAAGCGUGUGCAACAUGAAUUCGAGUCCCUUGGAAGAGAAAACACCGGCCGCCACAGUGACACAUAGUACUAAAGUGUUUUACUCACACAAACACGUGUGUCUUUUAUCAUAAACCCUUUCAAAGCGUGUGCAGCAAGAAUUCGCGUCCCUCGGAAGAGAAAACACCGGCCGCCACAGUGACACAUAGGACUAAAGUGUUUUACUCACAUAAGCUCCGCCAUUCUGUCCGGAUCCAAUAUUGAUAGAGGAGCAUUGCUUUUUAAUCGCAGUGUGUCUUCAAAUCCAGCGUUCUUCUGAACAUCCAAACAUGUAGCAACUGUUUAUCUUAUUACCAGCAUUAAAACAAUGCUUGCUUUAAAAUUGACCCCAUAAACUAACUUGUUUUAAUCUAACUAACUUAAUUUAUCUCCCUACUCAGGUCUGCAGUCACUUUGCUGUGUGUCUUGCAAGGACAAAAAACUUGUAUCUGGUGUCGUAGACCAAGUGAUUCAAGUCUUCAGUCACUUUGUCGGUUGCCUUGAAAGGACAAAAAACUUGCCUUCAUCUUCUUGUAUCCUGGUGCCGUGGACCGUGGUUCAAGUGGAGACGUGGUCAGUGUGCAAGUGUGAGAAAGAAACAUGAAAUAUGGAUUGGCCUUGCAAAAUCUGUAAAUUUGCGACCCCUACUAAAGACGAGUUGUUGAAACAUUAUAGGUUACGUCAUAUCCACGGUGGGCAACCUCUGCCAUGUCCUUACCUGGAUUGUUUUUGUUCAUUUAAAUCAUGGGGUAGCCUGAAAUCACAUAUAUCACGGAAACACUCAACUCACUCAACAAGAGUGAGAACCUCUGAAAUACUUAGUUUCUGGUGCCAGUUCUGUAAUGUAGGCACAUUCUCCAACGAGAAAGAGUAUUUUGAACACUUUCGUCAACAUUUGAAAAAGCAAGAAACUGUCACUUGUGUUUUCAAAAAUUGUCAUUUCAAAACUAAUAACUAUGGAACCUUUGCUUCACAUAGAAAUCGUAAGCAUACUCCCCACUCAUUAGACGACUUCAAAGACGAGGUGAUAAAGAGGCAUGAAAACACUGCACAAGCAGAUCAGUGCAGUGAUUGGGUUAAUCAGGAGGGUGAGCAGUCGGAUAUUGAUGAGAUUAGAGAUGAUGAUGUAAGAGUACUGCCAAAAUUGAUUGAAAGAAGCUUGGCUCAUUUAAUGUUGAAAUUAGAGAGUUCCUUUCAUGUACCCAACCAAUGCAUUGAUGAGCUUGUAGAGGAGUUGCAUUUUAUUUCUCAUUCAGCCUCUGGUCCCAUCAUGAAAGAUAUUUUACAGUCUUGCUUGCAGAGGCACAACUGUGUAAUUGAUGAAACCAUUGUAUCUGAAAUGGUGAACGACAUUUGUGGUGCUAACCCUAUUAGUUCUGCCCUCUGUGAUGAUGGUCCUCUUUCCUCUGCUUUUAAAAGAAGAAAGUAUUUUAACAAACAUUUUUCUGUUGUUGAACCGAUUGAAUAUGUUCUUAGUAGAGAGAGCAGCUUCCAGUAUGUCCCCAUUCUAAAGUCAUUACUUGAGGUUUUUAGCAAGAAAUAUAUACAAGACCUGAUCUUGAGUGAGGCAGAAGCUCAGAGUACUGUGUACAAGUCAUUUCAUGACGGCACCUUUUACAAAACCAAUGAGCUGUUCUCAGGAAGCGACCAUACCAUUGCUCUCAAUCUCUAUGUGGACGACUUUGAGAUAUGCAAUCCUCUUGGUACAUCCAGGAAAAAACACAAAAUCACAGCUGUGUAUUGGGUGUUAGCUGAUGUCCCCUCAUUGCUUAGAUCUGAACUAAACUCAAUCUUCUUAGCAAUCCUGUGCAAGGCAGAGGAUGUGAAGAGAUUUGGUUACAGUGCUGUGUUGGAGCCACUGCUCAAAGAUCUUGUGUACUUAGAGGAGGAAGGACUGUAUGUCCCAGCGUUGGGCAGAAGAGUUAAAGGUACAGUGUUUAGUGUGGUUGCAGAUAAUCUAGGUGCCCAUUCUUUGGGGGGAUUUGUUGAGAGCUUUUCCGGUUCAUAUGUCUGUAGAUUUUGUCUAGGUGAAAAGGCAUGUUUUCAAGAUGGAGAAGUAAGAACAGGCGCAUUUCCACCCAGAACGAAAGAACAACAUGCACUGCAUAUUCAGGCUGUACAGGAUAAUGAUAGUUUGGUGCAUGUGUAUGGCGUGAAGAGACAGUGUGUACUGACAGCAAAACUCAAAUAUUUUGAUGUUUUGUCUGGGUAUCCGCCUGAUAUGUUGCAUGAUCUCUUUGAAGGUAUAGUGCCCCUAGAAAUAGCACUGUGCCUCAGAGUGUUCAUACAGAAUAAAUACUUCACUCUUGAAGAGCUGAACAAAUGCAUCAAAGAGUUCCCCUAUAAAUGGUCAGACAAAACUGAUGCACCACAGCCUGUCUCUGCGAACUUUACAACGCGGAAAAGUGUGGGGGCCAAUGCCCACGAGAACUGGACUUUGCUGCGACUCUUGCCACUCAUGAUUGGAUCGAAAAUCCCUAAAGGAGAACCAGCAUGGGAAGUGCUUCUUGUGCUCAGAGACAUUGUUGAGCUUGUUGUUAGCCAAGUCCACACAGAGAAGACCAUUUGCUUCCUGGAAAGUAAGAUAUCUGAGCAUAAACACAGGUUUCUCAUGGUUUUCCCAGAGCAGCACCUCAUCCCAAAACACCAUUUCCUUGAACAUUAUCCAGAACUGAUCAGGGCUUAUGGUCCUCUAGUGUCACUGUGGCAAUGAGGUUUGAGGCAAAGCACAGCUUUUUUAAGCGUGUUGUCAGACAUACUCGUAGCUUUAGAAAUGUUCUGCUAUCA